CUGCCGGUCCGGAGGAAGCAAGCAGAAAGAUGGCUCUUGAAACGCACUGUGAUCAAGAUACCAAUGCUAUCAACCUUAUAGCAAUGGAGCUUCGAGAUGGCACACUUUACUUCAAAGUGGAAGAUGAUGAUCACCUGGAAUCAGAUGACUUUUCUAAGGCUGAAAACUCCAAAAAUAUAAUCUUAAGAAACCUGGACAAUCAAGUUCUCAUGCUAACAAAAGAGGACACAGCUGUGUUUGAGCAUAUGACACAAAAAGAGAUUGAAGGAAAUGCACCCCAAACUAAAUUUAUAAUACAAACCUAUAAAGAGAGCAACCCCAGAGGUUUGGCAGUAGCUAUCUUGGUGAGGGACAAAAAACAGAUUUAUACUCUGUCCUGCCAGGGCAAAGAACUUCAAUUUCAGGCAGGUACUUCUCCACAUCUUAUUAAUUCUGAUGCAAGUGAUGUCAUAUUCUACCAAAAAAGUGUUAAAGGCCAUAAGAAGAUGCAGUUUGAGUCUUCAUUGUACCAAAAAUAUUUUCUGGCUUGUGAGAAGGAGGAGUCAGGCUACUAUAAACUCAUUUUAAAAAAAGUCUGUCAAGAAGAGGAUAAUGUCACAUUGUUUACUGUUAACUAUUGCUAGAAAAAAAGACAUAAAACCACUUUGAAAAAAAUUUCUUGCAAUUAACAGACAAAAAAGUAUGAAAAGAAAAAAGAUUCUUAGUGACCCAAAAAUUCUAAAACAAUUCAUCCAUAUAAUUAAAAUGGUAAAAUCAAGAAAUAUACAUCCAGUACAAUAAACAUAAUGGUUUAAACAAAAUAAAGGCAUCUAUAACUAUUGUAUCACAUAGCUAGUCACACUCCAAGAGUGACUUUAGGCAAGGCAAUUCAAUUAACUUUUCUGUGCCUCAGUUCCUUACUCUUGCCCCUUCACAAACUCUGUGUUCUAAGUAAACAGAAUUAAUAACUGUUCCCUAAUAUGCCACUUCUUACCAGUGUGCCAUGUAAAUAUACCUGCCAUCCUUCAUGCCUAAAAUGCACUCCUUCCUCAUCUCACUUGGGUGCAUCUUGGCUUUUCUUCCAACUUGGAUCAUUUCAGGUGCCUACCUGGAGCAUCCCAUGAGACCUCCUAUUCUCAUUAUCUCUCCCUUAUCAAAUAUUUUCAGAGUACUUAGCCGAGUAGCUCCUUUUCCUUUAGUCUCCUGGCUCAACAGACUCAACACCUUGAUGUCAUCUUUCACCUUCAUUUACUCAACAAAUAUUGACUUAGUAAUCAUUAUCUAUAUGGCUCCUAUCUCCUCUAUCCCUAUAUUUUGUCACCAAGUUCUAAUUAUUUUUUCCUUUGAAACAACUCCUAUAUUCUUUAUUCCCUUUCCAUUUCUGUUCCCAUUACCCACACGCUGGCCCAUUUAGGUGUGCUAGAGAUGUUUAACAGAUGGCUUUGGGCAGGGAGGGGAAUGUAUGCAUGACACUUAAGUUUAAUUUGGAUUAUUGACAUUUUAACCAUUACUUUCUUAAGACAAUAAUCAAUAAAAUAAUAA